AUGGGUACUGUCUCGGACACUAAUAAAGUAAGGGACUACCAUAUGGAUACUGUCUUGGACACUAAUAAAGUAGAGGAAUACCUGAUGGGAACUAUCUCGGAAACUAAUAAUUUAGGGGACUACCAUAUGGAUACUGUCUCGGACACUAAGAAAGUAGAGGAUUACCAUACGGAUACUGUCUCGGACACUAAUAAUGUAGAGGACUACCUUAUAGGUACCGUCUCGGACACUAAUAAAGUAGGGGAUCACCUUAUGGGUACUGUCUCGGACACUUAUAAAGUAGAGGACUACCUUAUGGGUACUGUCUCGGUAGAGGACUACCUUAUGGAUACUGUCUCGGACACUUAUAAAGUAGAGGACUCCCUGAUGGGUUCUGUCUCGGACACUAAUAAAGUAGAGGACUACCCUAUGGGUUCUGUCUCGGACACUAAUAAAGUAGAGGACUCCCUUAUGGGAACUGUCUCGAACACUAAUAAAGAAGAGGACUACCUUAUGGGUACUGUCUCGGUAGAGGACUACCUUAUGGAUACUGUCUCGGACACUUAUAAAGUAGAGGACUACCUUAUGGGUACUGUCUCGGGCACUAAUAAAGUAGGGGACUACCUUCUGGGUACUGUCUCGGACACUAAUAAAGUAAGGGACUACCAUAUGGAUACUGUCUUGGACACUAAUAAAGAAGAGGAAUACCUGAUGGGAACUAUCUCGGACACUAAUAAUUUAUGGGACUACCUGUCGCGGACACUAAUAAAGUACGGGACUACCAUAUGGAUACUGUCUCGGACACUAAUAAUGUAG